CUUGUAGUGGACAAGGCUAGCAAGUAAACGACUAUAGUGGAUGUCGUCUCCUAUGUCUUCUUAGAAACGGAAAAGAAAGAAAUCCGAGCGAAGUGAAGCGACCGUAGCAACUGAGCAGAGUAAUGGGGGAAACAACAAUACCCUUCAAAAACCUCCAUAGCAGAGAAUAUCAGGGACACAAGAAGAAGGUGCAUUCGGUGGCAUGGAACUGCAGUGGCACCAAACUUGCCUCAGGUUCUGUGGAUCAAACUGCUCGUAUUUGGCAUAUUGAGCCCCAUGGCCACGGUAAGGUGAAAGAUGUUGAAUUAAAGGGUCACUCUGACAGUGUGGACCAGUUGUGUUGGGAUCCCAAACAUGCGAAAUUGAUAGCUACAGCAUCUGGUGACAAGACAGUUCGAUUAUGGGAUGCUCGUAGUGGGAAAUGCUCACAGCAAGUUGAGCUUAGCGGGGAAAAUAUCAAUAUCACUUACAAGCCUGAUGGGACACAUGUAGCUGUUGGGAACAGGGAUGAUGAGCUAACAAUAUUGGAUGUUCGCAAGUUUAAGCCUAUUCAUAAGCGCAAGUUUAAUUACGAGGUAAAUGAGAUUGCAUGGAACAUGAGUGGCGAUAUGUUCUUUCUUACAACUGGAAAUGGAACUGUGGAAGUCUUAUCUUAUCCGACUCUACAACCUGUUGACACACUUAUGGCUCACACAGCUGGUUGUUACUGCAUUGCAAUUGACCCGCUAGGAAGAUAUUUUGCUGUUGGAAGUGCUGAUUCAUUGGUCAGCCUUUGGGACAUUAAGGACAUGCUCUGUCUUCGAACAUUUACAAAACUUGAGUGUCCAGUUAGGACAAUAAGUUUCAAUAACACAGGAGACUACAUUGCCUCUGCUAGUGAAGAUUUGUUUAUUGACAUUGCUAAUGUCCAAACUGGACGGUCUGUUCACCAGAUUCCAUGUCGUGCUGCUAUGAACAGUGUGGAAUGGAAUCCUAAAUGCAACUUGCUUGCCUAUGCUGGGGAUGACAAAAAUAAGUACCAGGCUGAUGAAGGUGUGUUUCGCAUAUUUGGCUUUGAGAGUGCGUAGAGCAAGGAAAAAUCUUUUUUUUUCUCUUCUUUUAAGAUGAAAGAGACGUCAGAGCACUGGAACCUUACACCUUGUAUUCCCAGUUCCAGUGAAAGUCUCUAUUUAAUCCUCAUAUGUAUUUUUGUUUAUUUACUUGAAACUCAAGUAGUCCUUACACCUCCUGAUAUUCCCAGAUCUACCGAUCAAUAAGGGAUAUUGCUGUAUGCAUCUGCAAGUAAAGAUUGCUCUUAAACUCUGGAAGUAGGCUCAUAUUACAAGCACUCAACAGAGCUGGGCCCUUCUCUGUUGAUCACUGUCA